AUGGCCACCCACCGCCGCCUCCUCCUCCUAACCGCCGCCCUCCUCCACCUCCUCGCCGCUGCGUCUGCCAUCGGCAUCAACUACGGCACCCUCGGCAACAACCUCCCGCCCCCUGCCCAGGUGGCCAACUUCAUAAAGACCCAGACCAUCAUCGACCGGGUCAAGAUCUUCGACACCAACCCGGACAUCCUGCGCGCCUUCGCCAACACCGGGAUUGCUGUGACCGUCACAGCCGGGAACGGCGACAUCCCAGCCCUCACCCAGCUUGCCUUCGCCCGCCAAUGGGUCGCCAUAAACAUCGCACCGUUCUACCCUCAGACCAGGAUCAUCCGCAUCCUCGUCGGGAACGAGAUUCUCCACUGGGGGGAUAAGCGCCUCGUCAUCAACCUCCUUCCCGCCAUGAGGACCCUCCACAAUGCUCUUGUUCUUGCCGGUUUCAGGGGCAUUCAGGUAUCGACCGCCCACUCCCUCGGUAUCCUCGAGGUGUCCGAGCCACCGAGCCUAGGACGGUUCAGGCCCGCGUACACCCGGAUCCUCGUGCCGAUGCUCAAGUUCCUCCGAGAUACCAAAUCGGCCUUCCUUGUCAAUCCCUACCCUUAUUUCGGCUACUCCCCUCAGAAGAAUAACUACGCCCUCUUCAAGCCCAACCGAGGCAUCUACGACAAGUUCACCCGCAUCACCUACACCAACAUGUUUGACGGCCUGCUCGAUGCUGUCUACUCGGCGAUGAAAGCCACAGGCUACGGCGACGUGCCAAUCGUCGCGGCGGAGACUGGGUGGCCCUCCCUUGGCGGCCCUGGUGAGCCUGCCCCGACCCUCGCAAAUGCAAUGUCGUACAACGGGAACCUGUUGAGGCAUGCCUCGUCACGCCGAGGGACGCCCCUGAUGCCGAACCGCCGGAUUGAAACUUACAUCUUCGCCUUGUUCAAUGAGAACCAAAAACCGGGCCCGAUCGCUGAGAGGAACUUUGGGUUGUUCUGGCCAGACUUCUCGCCGGUCUACAAGAUCGAAAUCUUGCGUAGUGAAAGGCAACAACGCGGGGCGAGAGGUAGGCCCAGGACCCCCGUGGGCAGGGCUAGGAGGGCGCCGCGCAGGGGCGGCGGCAAGCAGUGGUGCAUGCCGAAGCAAGGUGUGAGCGAUCAGGCGUUGCAGGCCAACAUAGACUACGUGUGCAGCGUCGGUGUCGACUGCCGGCCCAUUCAGGGCGGUGGCCCAUGCUUCGAGCCCAACAAUGUCAGGGCCCACGCUUCUUACGUCAUGAACUCUUUCUACCAGACCAAGGGUCACCAGGCGUACAACUGCGAUUUCUCCGGCACUGGCGUGUUGACCUCGGUCAACCCAAGUCAUGGUGCAUGCAGGUACAUAUGAGAAAUCGGAAGUGUGGAGACGACGGCAAGACUUGCCAGAAACUGCGAGGGCCGUCUUGCCGACCUUGUAAUGCC